AUGACGGCCACGGCUUUAUAUGAGAUCUGUUACUCCUCUGCCUUCUCCUCGGCCCUGCCCUCGGCCCUGUCCUCGGCCCUGUCCUCGGCCCUGUCCUCGGCCCUCUCUUCGGCCCUGUCCUCGGCCCUGUCCUCAGCCCUCUCUUCGGCCCUGUCCUCGGCCAUCACCUUGGCCUCUAGGUGCCAUGCUGAUCAUUCUCCCCUGUCUUGUCCUGUCAUUGGCAACUGGAAGACACCAUCUACACCCCACCCCAACCCCCCUCCUGGGUCUACCCGCCCCCCCCGAUCCCUCCAACCCCAGCCCUGUUGUGGUCCCCCCCCUGCCCCCACCACGUCUGCGGAGUGGGUGCCAGCCCCCUCCCCUGGGGGCAGCAGUGAGGAGCUGAACGAGCCUCUGGACAAGGCUCUGGAGAACGAUGCGGAGGGCGUGUGGAGCCCUGACAUCGAACAGAGCUUCCAUGAGGCCCUGUCCAUCUACCCGCCCUGCGGACGCAGGAAGAUUAUCCUCUCCGACGAGGGAAAGAUGUAUGGACGAAACGAGCUGAUAGCACGGUACAUCAAGCUACGCACAGGGAAGACGCGGACAAGAAAGCAGGUGUCCAGUCACAUCCAGGUGCUAGCGCGACGGAAGGCCCGGGAGAUCCAGGUGAAGCUGAAGGACCAGGCUGCCAAAGACAAGGCCCUCCAGAGUAUGGCCACCAUCUCCGCCACCGCCUUCCAGAACAAGAUGGCUCUGCAGGGGCUGUCCAGGCCAACGUACCCCACUGCUGGUGGCUUUUGGCAUGGCGGUCCUGAAGACAUUAAGCCCUUUUCCCAGCAGAGUUACGCCAUGCAGACGUCCGGCCCACCCCCCAUAACAGGCUAUGAGAGCAUGGCAGGCCUGUCCAUGUCACCGGGCGCCCCCCCGUGGCAGGGGCGGAGUAUCGCCAGCUCCAAGCUCCGCAUGCUGGAGUUCUCUGCCUUCCUGGAGCAGCCUCAGGACCCAGAGACCUUUAACAAGCACCUGUUUGUGCACAUCGGUCAGUCCAACCCCACCUUCAGUGACCCUUACCUGGAGGCAGUGGACAUCCGGCAGAUAUACGAUAAGUUCCCUGAGAAGAAGGGAGGGCUGAAGGAGCUGUUUGAGAAGGGGCAGCCAGACACUUUCUUUCUCGUCAAGUUCUGGGCUGAUCUGAGUGCCAACCUGCAGGAAGACAGAGGUUUCUUCUACGGCGUGUCCAGUCAGUACGAGAGCUCUGAGAACAUGAUCAUCACCUCCUCCACUAAGGUCUGCUCCUUCGGAAAGCAGGUGGUGGAGAAAGUAGAGACGGAGUAUGCGCGGUUUGAGAAUGGGCGGUAUGUGUUCAGGAUCCACCGGUCCCCACUGUGUGAAUACAUGAUCAACUUCAUCCACAAGCUCAAGCACCUGCCAGAGAAGUACAUGAUGAACAGUGUACUGGAGAACUUCACCAUCCUACAGGUUGUGAUCAACAGGGACACACUGGAGACCCUGCUGUGUAUAGCCUAUGUCUUUGAGGUGUCUACUAGUGAGCAUGGAGCCCAGCACCAUAUUUACCGGCUGGUCAAAGACUGAGACAGCCCUGUGGACAGAACCACUAUAGGCCAACAACACCCCAACCAUGGACAAGCUCCUCUGUACGCUGCAAGCACAAUACGAUUGUCUGUCAGGACCCAAAGAAGCACUGGGCGGGUUGCUUGCCCACUGAAACUAAUGUGGAAGAGUUGGCCUGGGAGCUGGAGUGAACUAUACCACUGUGUUAUGUGAAAGAGAGGAGCAGAGGGUGGGAACCUUCAUUGUGGUAUAUCUGGAUGUACAAGAGGAGCCAAAUGUCAAGACAAUGCAUGAGAAAUUGUUGUUUUUCAUCUCAUAUUACUAGUGCUUGCUUGUUUUGAUUUAGUUUCAUUUUAGACAGCUGCAUGAGCGGUAUUUGUUUUUUGUCCAUGGGCUCCACCUAGUGACUUCUAAUGUAUAUUACACACAGGGAAAGAGGACGAAAGGAGAACUGGAAGCAAGACUGCACAUUUAUAGUAUUGUUUUGGUGCCAAUGUUUGUAUUAUUUGAGUAAAAAUAUGUACAGUACCACAGCCAUCUCCCCUGAAAAAUAAUCUCUAUUGAAGAAAAUGAGAGUGAAGAUUAUGAUUUAAAUAAAUAUUGUAUCCACCUGGUUUGAUGAUCAAAUUAAAUGUUUUGGACUAUUGUUGAAUGAAAUUGAGCACAACUCGCAUAUAGUAGAUACCUCUGCUUGAAUCUGCUAUCUGUAAUUGAAGAUGACUAGCUACAGUAUGAAGAAACUGUUGUAAUCUAUUUUUGGCACUGAACUGAAGUUUAAGAUGGAAAUACCCUUCACAUAUCAUACUUAACAGAUCAGGUUGCUUGAUUUUUGUUCUUAAUGUGAUCUAUUGAGACUAAUAUAUGAACAUGUCAUACUACAAUUGUUAUACCUGUAAUAAAACGAUGAUAAAAAUGA